AUAAAACUCAGAGGGCACAAUAUAUUCUGGGGAGGGCCUAAAGUGGUGCCAUGGUGGCAGAGACACAUGAAUGGAUCACAGAUCAGACCACUUCUUCCUAAACAUGCCCAAGAUAUGACAUCCACCUUCAAAGGCAGUUUUCAGCAUUGGGAUGUGGAGAAUGAGAACCUUCAUCUUCAUUUUUACGAGGAGAAACUACAUGACCCUGAUAUCACAGAAUGGAUGUUUAGAGAAGUGAAGAAGUUGGAUUCGGUCACCAAGUUGUAUCUCAAUGAUUAUGGUAUCGUGGCCAACAAGAUCUCAACCGCGGCAUACCGGGGUCAGGCGGAAUAUCUUCUAUCUAAAGGAAUACCAGUUGAGGGAAUGGGAAUACAGAGUCAUCUACAUGGCAACCUAGAUCUCAACCUCAUCAAGGCACGACUGGACGAAGUUGCUAAAGUAGGGUUACCCAUCUGGAUCACUGAGUUGGAUAUUGAUGAAGCUGAUGAACAGAAGAAAGCUCAGAAAUACGAGGAUGUGAUGAGGUUAUAUUUCAGCCACCCAGCUGUACACGGUAUCAUGCUGUGGGGUUAUUGGGACGGUCGGCAUUGGAACCCAAGAGCUGCCAUCUGUAAUGGGGAUAGUGUAAAGCCGAACGCAGCAGGCAGAAAGGUUGUAGAACUUUUGAAGAAAACCUGGAGGACAAACGAGUCACAUGACAUCAAACAUGGCGGAGUUGUUAAUAUCCGGGCAUUUAAAGGAUCUUACAAGCUAUUGGUCCAUCACAAUAACCACAUGAUACAUGCAGAAAAUUUUGAAGUUGGUGCCCAUGGUAACAAUUUAAAAAUAAACCUAUCUGGUACCGGUAAGUGGAGAUAA